UUUGAGAGGCCAGCCAUUGCGGUCUUAUCCCAAAAUCCCAACCAAACACAGAGAAAUUUUCUUGGUGGUCUUCUCCAAUGGCGUUCUCAGCGACUCUGUCUCAGCUUUCUUCUCUUUCGACAAUCUCCUCUUCACUGCCACUUUCUUCUAGAAGCUUCCCUCUUCGAGCUCAGACUCAGUUCAGAGUCAAAGCAGAGGCAGAGAAUGAGAAACAGAGCACACAGACUAAAUCCGAAGCGGAAGCUUCACCAGCUUCAACCAAAACCCCUAAAACUCUUCCCAAGAAACCGGUUUACUCGAUGAAGAAGGGUCAAAUCGUUCGUGUAGACAAGGAGAAGUACCUCAACAGCAUCAAUUACUUGUCAGUUGGUCAUCCUCCUUUCUACAAAGGACUAGAUUACAUCUAUGAAGAUCGCGGCGAGGUCCUUGACAUUCGUGUCUUUGAGACAGGAGAGUAUGCCCUUGUUGGAUGGGUCGGUAUCCCAACCGCACCGGCUUGGCUACCAACAGAUAUGCUCAUCAAGUCCGAGAAACUUGUUUACGAGCGACUAUAGAGUCCACAAGUCUCCAAGAAGAAUGCAACUGAUACGAUGGGUUGUGAGAUGAAUGAUAACACAAUGGAACCACCAUGAUCAUGUCAAGAGUUAUACAAUGUAUCAAAUGAGUUACCGCAGUCAAAAAAACUGUUGUGGAAUGGAAAAAAAAUGUGAUGAGACUGAAUCUUACAAAAAGAAUGCAGCUUCCAUAGUUGCAUACCUAAACCAAUCUACACUCCUUUAUUGCUGA